AUGGAACGAAAAAAUCCCGCUAGGAAACAAUUAUUGAGCCAGAUUGAAGGCAGAGAGUGGAUUAUCUGUCGUACGGCCUACGAUUCCGUGCGGGAUAUUCUUAGCACGGUAGGAGGAGAGUCCGAAAAGAAACGAAUGGAAGAAUUGUUCUCGCAUGUACGGUUAGUAGAAGAUGCGGUCUCGGAGAAAACCACCACACUGAAGCCCUCGGAUCGGAUUAACCAACGAAGUUUGGUAAUCUUUGGCUCAGGCGACUACUACCGAGCUGUCACUGCAACGGCAAAUAAGCAUUUUGUGUCUUCCGCGUAUCAUCAGGGUGUGUCUUUCGAUGUUAUACUUCAUGAAUCGCGGGCCCUCAGCGAACAAAAGGAACUGCCACCUGAUCACUCAAAUUGA